AUGUCGCAGUCCAACCUCAACCCUGGCAACCUCUCCUUGAUGGAGAAGUCCAUGAUGAUUGAUGGCUUCGCCUUCACAAUCCAUCUCGAGACUAAGCACAAGAACUUGGCCAAGCAUCUCAUCGAUACCGGACAUCGGGCUGUGUUCCGAUUCGUCUUCCUCGACCCCGACCACCGCCCGUUCCACACCAGGAAGGAGAAGUUUGCUGCCAGACUUACCAGCAUCAUUCGAGCGGCUCUGACAAACAUUCACGCAUACGGUCUGGAGCCCAAGGACGUGGAGAAGCCCGGAUUCUGGCCCAUGGCUCGAAAGCUGCUGACCAAUGACUCAAUCUUUGCGUCUGCCACCAAUGAAGAGACUGGGGAGUGGAAGUAUCUUGUCGAGCUUUACUACUCUGCCUGGCUGAAGUAUGCCAAGGACCACCCCCACAGCACCAAGGGCUUUGUGGCCAGUCCUGUUGGCACCAACUAUGUCUUUUGGGAUCUUCAUCUUGCCAUAGCUGACUGGAAUGCCGUCAUGGGCGGCGAUUUCCGCGCCACGGUCGACAUGAAAGGCUUCGAGAUUCUCGAGGAGCGCGAGCACAAGGCCGCUGCUGCCCAAUACUACGCUCAGCUAGAGGGCGACAAGAAGUUCAAGAACGCUUCUCUUGCCAACUGGAGCUCCGGCUGGGACAUGUGCAUCCAGAUGAUGAUGAGCCGAUCUGAGAAUGUCUUGCAGCAGGAGCGGGAGAUGAUGCGUCGCUCCACCAUGGACAACAUUGGCCGUGACCGUCAGAUCAGAGACAUGGAGAGAGAGAAUGAUGAGCUCAAGGCCCGUCUUGUCAAGUACGAGGCGAUUUUAGCGAAUCAGGACGCCGCUGCUGCUGUUCUCAACGAUGACAGCCUCGUCAAGGAUACGGCGGUCACCGUCGUUAAGGGACAGCUCCAGACCGGUGAGGGCCACACCGACGAUGAUGAUGUCACCAUCAAGACCGAGAGCACUGCAUACCAUCACAGUGUUGCCCAGAAGAGCCCCGAGACGAAGGUUGCCGACAAGGGCGCCGACAAGGCCACCAACAAGGACACCGACAAGGACGAGUCCAACGACUCCAAGUCGGUUCGAGACGAGACUGAGGUUAUCGACCUGACUGAUGAUUGA